UGUCCCAUCCCCGGUCCCGCUGUCCCCAGGCUCCGGCCAUGGCCUGCCUGCACGAGACCCGCACUCCGUCGCCGUCGCUGGCGCUGCCGUCGGACGGGACCCCCGAGCAGGAGCUGACCCCCACCCAGUGCGUCCUGCGCGAUGUCCUGCCCGCCCCCAGCGCCCCCCCCGAGGCCUGGCCCCGCCGGGGGGGGACCCGGCCCCCCGAGCUCGGCCCCGAGGCCGCGGGGCCGCUGGCGGCCGAUGCCGCCCACCUGCGCUGCCAGGCCGGGGGAGGAUUCCUGGAGGGGCUCUUCGGGUGCCUGAAGCCCGUGUGGACCAUGAUCGGCAAAGCCUACGCGGCCGAGCACAAACACCCGCCCGAGGACCCCUGGGAGGUGCCGUUCGAGGAGAUCCUGGACCUGCAGUGGGUGGGCAGCGGGGCGCAGGGCGCCGUCUUCCUGGGCCGCUUCCAUGGCGAGGAGGUGGCCGUGAAGAAGGUGCGGGACCUCAAGGAGACCGACAUCAAACACCUGCGCAAGCUCAAGCACCCCAACAUCAUCACCUUCAAGGGCGUGUGCACCCAGGCCCCCUGUUACUGCAUCAUCAUGGAGUUCUGCGCCCAGGGACAGCUCUACGAGGUGCUGCGCGCCGGCCGCAAGGUCACCCCCUCCCUGCUGGUCGACUGGUCCAUGGGCAUCGCCGGCGGCAUGAACUACCUGCACCUGCACAAGAUCAUCCACCGGGACCUCAAGUCGCCCAACAUGCUCAUCACCUACGAUGACGUGGUGAAGAUCUCGGACUUCGGCACCUCCAAGGAACUCAUCGACAAGAGCACCAAGAUGUCGUUUGCCGGCACCGUGGCCUGGAUGGCCCCCGAGGUCAUCCGCAACGAGCCCGUCUCCGAGAAGGUGGACAUCUGGUCCUUCGGGGUGGUGCUGUGGGAGCUGCUGACAGGCGAGAUCCCCUACAAGGACGUGGACUCGUCGGCCAUAAUCUGGGGCGUGGGCAGCAACAGCCUCCACCUGCCCGUCCCCUCCAGCUGCCCUGAUGGCUUCAAGGUGCUGCUGCGCCAGUGCUGGAACAGCAAACCCCGGAACCGGCCGUCCUUCCGCCAGAUCCUGCUGCACCUCGACAUCGCCUCGGCCGAUGUCCUCUCCACCCCGCAGGAAACCUACUUCAAAUCCCAGGCCGAGUGGCGAGAGGAGGUGAAGCUGCACUUCGAGAAGAUCAAAUCGGAGGGGACGUGUCUGCACCGGCUGGAGGAGGAGCUGAUCAACCGCCGGCGAGAGGAGCUGCGGCACGCACUGGACAUCCGGGAGCACUACGAGCGGAAACUGGAGCGCGCCAACAACCUCUACAUGGAGCUCAGCGCUCUCAUGCUGCAGCUGGAGCUCAAGGAGAAGGAGCUGCUCAGGCGGGAGCAGGCGCUGGAGAAGCGCUACCCCGGGCUCUUCAAGCCGCGGGUGCCGCGGGGGCUCCUGCACGGCAACGCCGUCGAGACCCUCAUCAAGAAACGCAACGUCCCGCAGAAGCUCUCGCCCCACGGCAAGCGCCCCGACAUCCUGAAGCCGGAGGUGCUGCUGCCCAAGCUGGACGCGGCCAUGGCGCAGGUGGCCCUGCCGGGGUGUCCCAAGGGCCCCCCGUCCCCCGGGCGCAGCCGCCGGACCAAGGGCCGCCACCGCAAAGCGGGGCCCCGGGGGGGCUGCGGGGAGCCGGGACCCGAGGCCGGCACCCCCCGGGGUCCCCCCGCCACCGCCGCCAGCCCCGACAUCCUCGGGGGCACCCUGGAGGCCGCAGGGGCCCCCCCGGCCACGGCACCUGAUGUGGGGCCCGAGGGGGCCACGGGCUCCCAAGGGUCCCCCCCGCCGCAGCCCCCCACUCCCGGGGAGCCGGAACGGGAGAGCGGCGCCGGCCGGGGGGGGAAAGGGGGCCCCGGGCAGCACCUCACCCCCGCGGCUCUGCUGUACCGGGCGGCCGUCACCCGCGGCCAGAAACGGGGGGUCUCGUCGGAGGAGGAGGAGGGCGAAGUGGACAGCGAGGUGGAGCUGCCGCUGCGGCAGAGGUGGCCCCCGGGGAUGAGCAAGCGCCAGUCGCUGUCGACCUUCAGCUCGGAGAACUUCUCAGACGGGGACGGUGACGAGGGCCACACGAGCGAGCCGUCGCACAGUGCCACCCCCGACGUGGGCAGCACCAACACGGACGAGCGGCCCGACGACCGCUCCGAGGAUCUGCUGUCCCAGGGCUCCGAGAUCCCGCUGGAUGCGGCCCCCCCCGAGGGGCCCGGCCGCCGGCACGGGGGGCUCAGCCCCACCAAGGUCUCCGAGGACUCGGACUGUGACAGCGCAGAGCUGGACCACUCAGGCAGCGGCGAGGGGCCCCCCCGGCCCACAGCCCCCCCGGGCCUGUGACCUGCGUGCCCCCCACACCCCCUCCCUGCACUCCCUCACUUGUACAGCCCCAAAUAUUUAUAUAAAUAUCUAUGGCUCUCUA